AUGACGCUUCGUAUAAUAGUUGGACAUUUUCACAGAAGUGAAAUGGCUCUACACUGCCUUGAAGAAGAACAAGACCAACUUCAUAUUCCUGAGACUAAACUGGUGCAAGAUUGUGUAACUAGAUGGAACUCAACCCAUGAUAUGAUGAUGAGUAUAUCUAAAAACCGUGAAGCUAUUAAUAAUUGUUUAAGAAGUAACCGUAAAACAGAAGACUGGUACAUAACAGUAAGUCAAAAUGAAAUUAUUGCUGAUUUAAUAAACAUUUUGGAACCAUUUAAAUCAGCUACCGAAAUUCUUUGUGAGGAUAAAUAUGUAACUUUAUCGAUUGUUGGAAGAUUAUUCAAGAACUUGAUAAGUUCUGUUGAGUGUAUAUCAACAGACAGUGUUAUUGUAAAUGAAAUAAAGUUACUUGUUAGCACUGAUCUAAAAAAAAGACAAAAUAAAAUUGGAAGUGAAAAACAAAAUUGGUAA